UAAUUAUGCGGAUCUAGUCCAUUAUCUUAUAGAAGACUCACAUGCAAGUAAGCGAGAGAAUACGACCUGUUUUAGACAAAGCCUUGAUCAGCCCGCCAGUAUUCCUUCAAUACGACUGCCCUAGCUCUUCGUUGACAUCCCCUUGUUAUAAAAACUCCUCUCACCCCCAGUCCCUCUCCUCCUCUCUCUCUGUCUCUGGGCUAUCUACUGUUUUUAUUUUGAUUUUGAAUUUGUGGCCUUUCGAUUCAGUCUUUGUGGUUUCUAUCAUCUUGGUUUUCAGUGCUCACUGCCUCCCCGAACACCCGAAAGAUUCCCAGUAAACAACGGCAAAGAUCAUCAACCUGAUUUCACAUGAAACCCCUUAAAAGAGAGUUGAUGGUGAUAGUUUAGUACUUGUCAUUCCAGCUCUCCUAUAUACUUCUUUUGGCAUCCUAUUUUUUUUCCUUGAUCUUGACAAUUUUAUUCCUGUGCUGCUCAUCAUCUGCGCCUUCUUUUCUUUUUUUAACUUCUUCACUCUCUUCCCCUCGCAUUUUAACCUGUACUUUUCUAUCACUUUCCCGGGGAAAGAAAGCAAACAAAGAAAAAGGGAGGUUUACAAUGAGUGACACUUUGUCUGAUUUUCUAGAAGAACCUGAAUUUGGCGACUCUACCUUGGACGGAGACGAUCUCUUUGCUAUUUUUAAGAGCUUAGAUAGAGUAACCGAGUUCCCUCCAGUUACACCAUCGGAUGAAGUUGCUGUUAGCUCAAAAGAAAGUGAAGAAACGACGAGGCUGGUGUCUCAGAAGUCUUCAUCUUCUAGUGCUCUGGUAGAGUCUGAGACUGAGCUCGAAACUUCACCAAAGAACAAGAGACAAAAGACAACAGCUUCUUCAGAGGAAGUGGUAAACCCAGAUGUGCAACAAAGGAUGUCUCAUAUUACAGUGGAGCGCAACCGGAGAAAACAAAUGAACGAGCAUUUGUCUGUUUUAAGAUCACUCAUGCCUUGCUUCUAUGUCAAGAGAGGUGACCAAGCAUCGAUAAUCGGAGGUGUUGUUGAUUACAUCAAUGAAUUGCAGCAAGUUCUACAAUCCCUUGAGGCCAAGAAGCAAAGAAAAGUUUACAGUGAAGUACUUAGUCCUAGGCUAGUCUCAAGUCCAAGACCCUCACCACUUAGCCCUAGAAAACCACCACUAAGUCCUAGACUUAACUUACCUAUCAGCCCAAGAACCCCACAACCAGGUAGCCCCUACAGACCUAGGUUACAGCAAGGUUACCUCUCCCCCAUCAUUGUCAGUUCUCUUGAACCAUCUCCAACUUCGUCUUCUUCCUCCAUAAAUGACAAUAUCAACGAACUGGUUGCAAAUUCCAAGUCUGCCAUUGCCGAUGUGGAGGUUAAGUUCUCUGGCCCAAACCUUCAAUUGAAAACAGUAUCUCCCAGGAUUCCUGGUCAAGCAUUGAAGAUAAUUUCUGCCCUGGAAGACCUCUCCCUCGAGAUCCUCCAUGUGAGCAUGAGCACUUUAGAUGAGACCAUGCUUAACUCCUUCACCAUCAAGAUUGGAAUUGAAUGCCAACUUAGUGCAGAGGAGCUCGCUGAAAAAAUCCAGCAAACAUUCUGCUAAUUAGUUGGUUUAUUUAUACCUUUAAAUCCCAACCUAACAAGUGAGUGUUAACAAGUGGAAUUGCAGAUCAGUCUCAUGACCUGUAGUAAGUAGUUAGCUAGCUAGGUAGAGUGGUAAUUACAUAAAACUUUGUAAUUGAGCAUUCUCAAUUUCUCAAGUUUUAUUUUAGUUAGUGUGCUGAUACUGUAAA